GGGCGCAUCUUCCUCGAUCAGAUCGGGGAGUGCCGCUACCAGUUGACGGACACGGUGUUGCAGCACCGCGCGCUCUUGAAGUUGGGCGAGUCUUCUGUUGCCGAUUCGGAGGCCAACGACCAGGAUGUGGUCCUCGCUGCAGUCUACCCUGGUGGUGAGGCUGCCGCCAUAGACGCAGAUGCGAUGUUCAAGUUCUCGCUCUUCGAAUCGGCGACGACGAAGGAGCUCUUUACGGUCGAUGAGUCUCUGGGUGAGUCGAGUGUGCAAUCGUUUUGGGAUGUGCAGGCGAAGCACCGUGCAGGUUCUGUCGAUGUCAAGGUUCUUGGUGGGUCAUCGUUCGCCUUCGACUGCUUCGCGUUCGCUCUGCCUCGUCCUGGGAAGCAGCCUCUGUAUUGGAGCAUGCAUUCGAUUUACGACUUCUUGGGGAUCGAGUGUUUCAAGGGGACUCUUUCUAAGUGGGUAUUUCGGAGUUCUGAACGUUGGGAGAGGAGGUUCCCCAUCGAUGGUGGCGGCCAGACUGUGCACGGUUCAUGCGUGUCUUCCUUCACGGCCAAGCGUGUUCAGCUCAGCUCCCCCGCGAAGUGUUUGCAGGUGACUUCGGUGAGUACAUUCGGGAUGCUCUUCCAGAUGGCCAAGUGGUCUUGGAGCCCAUCGCAUUACGGUGGAUUCGACUUGAAGCGAGACUCCGCGGGUAAGCAGGUGAAGGCAGCGCAGGCUUUCAUCGUCAGUGUACUCGAGACUGUGAAUCAGUACAAGAGGCCUUGGUCAUUUGAUCUAGUUCUUGACGUCUCGUGGACUUGUGGGUGGCCUCGUCCUCAGCCUUCGUAUUUGGAGAAUGCCAUGAUCGUCGAGGUUGACGAUUCCUUGGGGGUUGAUUUGAAGGCCUUCUGCGAGAGGGCUCAGGUCGCGUGGAGCGAUACUUUCAUCCACGAGAAUUGGAACAUGUGUCUUUCUGGAAGGUGCACUCGCGAUACCUUUUACAAGCUGCCGAUGAUGGAGGUGCUCAUGCUGACUGCAAGUAAGGCCACGCCCGUGGCAGAGUGCAUUAUCGCGCAGGUCUGCUUGUCGUUGUCUCACCAGCUCCAGAUUGUCAUGGCGUCCGACAACAACGACGGCCAUCUCGUCAGGAGGGAUGUGGAGUUCAGCUUCGACGACCCCGCCGAGGGCUUCGGCGUCGGGGAGGACGUCGACCAGUCCUUGGCCAAGUACGUCACCAACGCGGCCCACCAGCUCGGCAAGCCGCGCUGCGUCUCGGUCGCGACGGACAAGGCGUCGGUGGGCAACUUGCCGCUCCAGGUCAGCGUCCUCGCGCUUCCGUCCAACUUGGCGGUGCUGAUGCCGCCUCAGGUGGAUCGGCAGUUCGACGACGAGCUCCACGAGGACCUCAGCCUCAAGCGGAAGGCCGACGAGGCAAUCGUCACGACGGCGAGCGUGAUGGAGCGGCAGCUGGCCUGGCUCACUCGUGGCGCUCCUGGUGCUCGGCCUGGCGCGUGGCGGCCAGUGAAGCUCCACAGGGUCGCCAGCAGGCGUUGGCUUCAGAACUUAGACAACCAGCUGAACACUUGCUCUGACUUGGAGGGUCUGAAGGAUUUCAGGAUUGAGGAUACGACCAGGGACUGGGUGAAUUGGCGUUGCUUGUCGGUUUCCCUGGACCUCGGCAGCGACGGCGUCUGCGCCACGAACGCCUUGACCUACUUCGAGGAGCUGAAGAUCAACAUGUUGAGGUUCCCAGAUCCUUCGCACGGGGCUAACCGCAGCAUCGACCACGCGAUCAAUAAGACACAGCUGCGCGGCAUGUGGAUGCUCAUGAUGAUCUCCUUUAACUUGCCUCAUGGCCCAGACCAAGAUGACCUUCGCCACCUGCAGCUUCGCGAGGCCAUGACCUACUGCUUCAACAGGCUCUCGCCGAACACGUGCCCCUUGUUCAUGGAGCUGGCCCCUUACAUGAUUCAGGACUUGAACCGCGUGGGCGAUCAUCUCCCAGGAGUGGAUUCGCCAGAGGUCGAGCUCUGGGAGUACUUGAAGAAGCGCGUAUGGGUCAGUUCUCCUGGGGAGCGUUGCAACACGAACAGGUUCAUGUCGUCCGUUUCCGCUGCCAAGCUGAAUGUUCCGUAUUGGCACAUCGAUUUAUUCGAAAGUCUAUUUUUGUGUCUCGAGAUGGAUUUCGUGAGGGGCAAGAAGUUCUUGGAGCACAUGGUCAACGUGAAGACUGGCAAGCAGGAGGAGCUUGGUGAGGGCGCCCCCACGGCAGCUAAUGCCAUCACCUUGGAGGCGAAGACGUUGAGGGGAUGCGCUGCUAACGCCGUCGCGAUCUCGGCCUUGAUGCUGAGCGACCCCAUGAACAGGAAGAUUUGCCUCUCCAUCGUUGCCCUGACAAAGCCUGUGCGUGACUGGCACAUUCGCCAGAACAGGACUCUUCGGACUUCAGCUGCUUCGCCUGCUUGGCUCAGUGACCAGCUCUUGAGCGAGAACGUGAACCACAUGAAAGACAUCGCUGCGUGCUUUAACAACCGUUGGCUUCUUGAAGACCUUGGUUUCUCAUGCCUUGACGGCGUUUGGUUGGCGAGCGAGGGCGAGAUGUUGGAUGACGACUAUAUCGCUGGCGUGGCUUGGGAGUUUGGUUGGAAUCUAACUUCAGCUCGCCAGCGCAGGAACAUGUACAUGCACGGUUGGCCUUACAAGCUCAUCUUGAUGACGGGCGAGGGCGAGACUUCCAGGGCGGUGGUCCGUGAGUUCCAGACUGACAAGCGCAUCUUCGAUCUUCUUGAGGCCGCCGAGAGAGGCUCAGCAGCAGAGCAAGUCUUCGUCCGCAGCGAGUUCCGCAAGGUGGCGACGAUUAAAUUCGUUAGAGCGUUCGAGGACCUCGGCUGCGGCGUCCACGAGCAGAUCGUCAAGCUGAUCAAGGACCGCGUCUCGGGGCCCAUUGGCACUCAGAUCUGCGAAGACUGCAUCGGCCAGGCCAAGAACUCGAAGAUGGUCAUCGGCAACAGGAAGUACAGGCGCCCCGAAGCCAGCAUGGCCACGAUGCUGAAAAACAAGGUGCUGGACGGCAUCCAUAAGUUCAAGGGCGCCACCAUGAGCAUGCCCUUGACAUCGAAGAGCCUUCGUCUUCCUGACUCGGCCUUCCGCUCCUCCAAGACCAACGCGACCAUGGAGUUCACGAAGAUCGUCUCCACUCGGCAGGAUGCUCCAUAUUACUCGCCUGGGCACAUUGGUAUUAACCAGCCCGUCGCCGACCUCUACAUGUUGCGGCACAUCUUCGCAGAGGCGCCCGAGGCCCCAGACUUCAACAAAAUUAACUUCAGUUGGAUCUCGAGCUUCGUCCAGGUCAGCCACAAGCUCGUGGUCAAUCUUCCUGGUCAGGGGUGGUGCCUUGCAUUGGACUACUUCAACAGCAGCUGCGCUUUCUUCUGGCCCAUGGAGACUCGCGAGCUCGAGGGCGGCCUCCUCAUGUUCCAGCCAGAGAACUCAACGCGUGGGCCGAUCGUGAAGCCGUUGUUCGACCUCGACGUUCCGUCUUGCACCGUGGUGGUGAAGUCGUGGGCGCGCCAGUGCAAUGACUACCCUGCCUUGUGCGUCGGGAUGAACGCGCUGCCCCCCGCCAUCCGCAUGUUCCAGGAGGGCCCGACGGAUGGCCUCUACAAGAUCGCAGCUUCGAAGGCCUUCUGGAGCGUCCCCAAGACCGUCCUCCAGAGCGUUGCCAGGGCUAAGGGCGUGGACCUGCCGCCUGGGGCCAAGCUCGUCGAUGUCAUCUUCGCUCUCGUGUGCGAUGCUUUGGGGGUCUCCGAGGUCGAUGCCAUCAAGAUCGUUGCCAGGCGCCACACCGUCAACGACCUCCAGGCGUCUUUCUUCCCUGCGCUGCUUGAGGUAGAGGAGGCAAUCCAGUGCUUGCACUACGACGACCACGAAGAGUUCAAGAGCCAGGAGAAGAAGGUUGUCACGAUCACCGAGGAGAUGAGCAUCUUCAAGUCGGACUCCCACCAGAAGGCGAAGGCCGUUCGCGAGGCUGCCCCCAAGGCUAAGGCUAAGGCAAAAGGUAAGGCAAAAGCGAAGGCCGCUGGUGGACCACCUGUGCGGCGUGAUUUCCCGACAGAGUUCACGCAGGCUGAGGCGAAGACUUUUUUACCACCUGGUGCGCACAUCUGGCGUGCGGUGUCGCAUGCCGCGUGGGCUGGCCAUUACCCCCCCUACAGCCGCAUCAGUGCUCCUUGGAGCAUGGGGGAGACGGCCGCCAUGAAAGAUGUGAUUCGUCGCUUGUGGAUCCAGUAUCUCACUGCCACUGCCCAG